GAAAAUAAAAAAACUAAAAUAUACAUCUACUUAAUGAAAUAAAUAUACAAAACAUUUCCCUGUUGCGUCAUCUUUCAUCAAAAUAGCAACUAUAUACUUCGAAAGGAAAACUUAUAGUCAAAGAAGCCCACCAACUAUGCACACUAAGAUAGCCGCUUAUGUCUUGAGAAAAAAAAUCAGUAUCGGUUGAGAAAAUUCUCAAAUGUUGAGAAAAAGUUUAGUGAAAGCCAACUUGAGAUUUUUCUCAGGUGAGUAAGAAUCUCAGUCAAUAUUGAGACAAUCUUAAGUUGAAAUUUUUCUCAGUUUUAGAACGUUAGUGAAAGGCGGGCCAGCUGAAUUUUAUAGGGGCAUUGAGAGUAUUGGAGAUGAUGAGCGGCCUGGGCACCAAUGAUGAAACUGCCGAAGCUGUGCACCAUCUGGUCAUGUGCGACAGAAGGCGAGACCUGCGAAGCAUUGCUAGGGAAGUGGGUAUCAGCUUUGGUUCAGUUAAGACAAUUCUGACCGAUGUCUUUGGCAUGUCAAAGAUUUCCGCUAGGUGGGUCACCAGACUGUUGACUGACGACCAGAAACGAACCGGGCUUGACAUUUCAAGAUAUAUUUUGUCUCGCUACGAGGAUGAACCUGAUUUUAUCUACCGGAUUGUAACUCAGGAUGAAACAUGGGUUCAUCACUUCAAUCCAGAAUAAAAAAAAACAACAAAAAAAAAACAGAGCAUGCAGUUGAAGCAUACUGGCUCACCCCCUUCGAAGAAAUUCAAGAGGGUGCCAUCAGCAGGGAUGAUGAUGGCUUCAAUUGUUUUGGGAUAGCUAGGGGAUUAUCAUGAUUAUCUUGAGCAAGGUCAUACCAUAAACGUUACGUACUAUGCGGACGUAUUGAGACAUCUGGGUAAAGAAAUCGCGCGUAAAAAGAGGAGCAAACUGACUUUCAACUGGCGUUCUGCUCCUGAACGACAAUGCGCCAACUGAUUGCAGCUUUGAAAUUCUUCCCCAUCCCGUAUAUUGUCCGGACUUGGCCCCAUGACUUCUACCUGUUUUCGAAACUGAAAACUAAGCUUCGUGGUAGACGAUUUAUGAAGCAAUGAAGGUGUCAUGGAGGCGGUCAAUGAGUUCUUUUAGGACCAAAAUAGAUAGUUCUAUUUUGAAGGGUUAAACAAGUUGGAGCACAGGUGGGAAAAGUGCAUUGAUGUAGAGGGCGAUAAUAUUGAAAAGUAAGACCAUAAGUUGGGUUCUCUGACUUCCGUAAGUACAUCGGGCCGAGAACUUUUUGAUCAAUCCUUGUACUUGAGAACGAAGAAGUAGUCAAAUUGCUUGUGACUCCGAGAUUUAGCAGAAUUUAGAUGUUCAUCACCGCCUCAUAAAAUAAUCAAAAUUAAAGUUCUGGUCCUUGUGUCCCAGAAUACAUUUUAUGUUUUAAAUGUUAAUAAUAGUAAUGAUGGCAUAUGUGUUACAGAUUAUGAGCCUCAGCUUUUUGAAGAUACAAAGAACGGGACUGUAAUGGCGACAUCUGGAUGUGUUUCUCAAAACAAGAAUGUUACCUUUAAAUGGAUUCUAGUAGAUGUCGAUAGUAAAAUGGAAAAGGAAAUACAACCCAAAAUCCUUGACGCAAACAGGACAAGUUGUUUAAAUAAUUCUGAUUGCAGUCAUAAUGACAAGGUUCAGUAUACAGAGAUAAUUUACGCCAGAGCUAGCAAUAAUGGCAAAUGCUAUGUGAAAGUCGCAGCUUUAUACGGGAAUGAACGUAAAGAGACAUCCAAUACUGCUGUGAAAUACCUUUUUGAAGAACAGGAUAAUAAAAGUUCAAAUGGUCCUUACAGUGCAAUCGUCUCAGGAGCGGUUAUUGGCGUUAUUGGAUGCACAGUGAUUGUGUGUGCUGCACUAUUUUGUUUGUACAAACGACAUAAAACAAAGAAAGAAGACAAAACGCAAGGAAAAACAAAUGAUGAAACGAAAGAUCAGUCUGCUGUUUCACUAAAAGCUGUUGAUCCUGGUUCGGCUGAAGAUGUGCAUGACAGUGAUGAGAAGACCUCACAGCUGAAAAAACUUACUUAAAUUAUGCACGUACACAUUGUUAUAUUAAAUAUUGUUCACUUGUAUUUAGUGAAUUAUGUUUUCAACAUUUUCUUGCAUACUGCUGCUUAGUAGGUGUAAUGUUAUAUUUGAGAAAUUUAACACUAGGGUAUGUCCCAUUAACAGUCAAUGACAUUUCUACAGCGUCUACAAGGAUUAUCUUAAUUCUCAAAAAUCCCGUAAUUUCGUAAAUAAAGUCUUAAAAUUUUGAUUAAGAAGAGCAUGGUGUCUCUACGGACCUUUUUUAUUUAUAGUUUUUCCUGAUUUUCUGCGUUCUCUAUACGCUUCCAUUGUGAAUUCGACGCUAUAUUUAUGCUGCCAAUGCACUAACUCCGUCUGGAAGAUAUUCAUAAGCGCGGUAAUGACUCUGACAUUUCAGAGAUCACAUUUCAACAAGCGCUACUGACAGUCAAUGUGUUUUGCAGCGCGCAAAUAUGAAAUUUCUGUAACAUAAAAUGAAACAGGACUUAGUAACUUAGGCGAUGUAGGAUGCCGAACUGUACUCCUAUUGCGCCUUUGUGGUGACUCACUAUACUUCAUUUAAGGAAAUGCUGUUAGUCUUAAUUGAUUUUUGUGCUACAGCAUUAAUCGCAAUUAAACAGUGUCCUCGCAGUAUUUCUUUAUACAUCUAGUUAUCAAAAAAAAUAUCAGUUAAACAAAUACUAUAAAUUACUGCGCACAAUAAUUAACUGCACUACACCAUUUAAGAUUAGAAACGGAAUUAUCCACUUUAACCAGAGAUCAGUUUGCACGCAUUAUUCAUGUAAACAUAAUUAUAACAAUACUAGUUUCAUGCAUUAUCUGUAAAGGAAAUUACUCAUAUUACAUGACUUUCAUAUGACCAUUGUAUUAUAAUUGCAGUAUGAAACAAUCUCAUCAAACGGAAGUAAAAACAUGUAUUUGGUUCAAGUGCAUGACAUCGGUGUAAAUGAACUCAUUAACAAUUGAGUCGAAUUGACUAUGGAGUAUAGAAUGCGACACGUCUAACGUUUUCCCAAUGUUUUUCAGUCUUUUUUGUUGAUAUGUCGCUUGAUUCUUUUACAUUAUGAUAAUGAAACUCACCAUUCCGACAACUCAAAAUUGUUUAAACAGAGAUAACCAUAUAAAUAUAAUAAAGUGUUUUUAAUAAGUUUUACUCAUGUUGAAAAUUAUAUCUGGUACGUGGGCACCAGAAAAAACGGCAUUUUAGGGAAAAAAGGACAUGCUUAGGAUGGCAUCAUUUCGCCGUUUCGAAUGAACUUGUAAAUUCAUACGCUACUUAAAACUGGUAACGGAAGGAAUGACUGAAAACAAUAUUGAGGUGGUCAUUUUAGAAUAUGGUUUGCGGAUACGCGUUCAGAUCGCAAUAUCUGUACCUCGGGUACCACCAAUCGGCGACAAUAUGGCAAGCCUCGGCUUCGAUAUUCCGAAGUGAAACACAUGGCACUUCAUAUCGGCGACUGUUUGUUUUUAAUUUGUCAACUCUCUAGCAUACUAACAUACAGAAGACGUGUAGACAUUGUUUGACGGCGAAUACAUCUCAAUAAACGUUUGCAUCAGUAUACAAAUGAAUCAAUUGAAUUUUUAUUUUAAUUAAUUGUGACUAAAUUAAAGUGUGUGUCUACUGUGUAAGAGUCUCUAUCGGUAAAAGAAACUAUUGGAACUUAUUAAAAUAAGAUUUGUACAAAAUCAAUUUUUCUAAACAAUGUUUGACAACUACCAUGAAGUUUAUAAGCCCCUAGCAGUCGACCGGGUUAAAAACAGGGCACUAUCUUACAUUUACAGGAAGACCAUUUGUUAACAAAUUAAUUAAUUGUAUUUCUUAUUAGUUAUUUUACUAGUCAUUUAUUUUACAUUUGUGUACUGUUUUUGUUUUAAUCAUUGUCAUUGGACAUAAGUGCAAUAUAUAUUUUUGUGUACAUGCUUUAUUAUGAUAUUCAAUCAAUCCUUUUAUUCUUUGUUAAUUAUAAUUUAUAAUAUCAAUUUUAUCAAUUUUAUAAUAAGACUGUUAUCUUUCAUUUGUUUCAGGAUGAUUUUAUAAUGGUAUAGCCACAAUUUAAUGCGACUUUUCAUAACACUUAUAAUUAUAUAAUUAGCACAUCAUAUAUCCAAUUUUUAAAAUCAUUGUUUGUGGUAAAUUUGAUAAUAUCAUAUUGACUUUUAUUAAAAUAUAUCCUUUUUAAUAUAAUUCAAAUUUAUAUUAAAUUUUUAGAUUAAGGAAAACAAUGCUGUUGGUGCUUAUCUGCUUACAGGUGUUUUUUUUUCUUUUACUCCGAAACGAAAUUUUAAUAUAACAUUGUGUAUGAUCUGUUAACGAUAUGUUGUUUACGAUGUAAAAUUGUAAUAAUUUGUUUAAAGUUUCUGUAAGAUCAUGGUGUUUAUCGGUAACAUUUUUCAGAUAAAGUUGUUUGAUAUAUACCGUAAUAAUUACAUUUGCAAUGAAAAUUUCAAUUUAGAUGUUAUUAAUGCAUUUUAUUUUUGUUAAUUGCAAUUAUAUAAAGACUUUAUGUUUGUAUACAUGGGCGAUUAGCAGUGAGGCGUUAUGCUUGAUUUUCAGUAACAUUUUAUGAGAGUCAUAGAAGUUCUUCGGUUAACAAGUAGCAUGUCGGUUUAAAAAUGUCGCAUUUAGUGUAAACAUGUUUUCAAGUAUUUUACUCAACACCAAUAGUGUGCAGAGCACCAAGCAUCACCCUAAAUGAUAAAAGUUCAGCACUCAACUUACCUUAUUCAUGAACACCAGAAAGAACAAUUGCGUGUGUGGGUUUAAUCUUCUUAAUAUAAAGGAAGGGAGGUAAAGAAACAAGAAGUCAAGAAAUUAUCAAUGCAUAAGUCAUUUUAAUUUCUAAUGAGGAGGAAUUGAUUACUUUUUAGUUUUUGUUUAGUGUAAUUUGUAGGUUUUCGCAAUGCAAUGUAAGUGUUGUUUAAAUUAAGUCAGUAUAUAUACAAAGACAAAAUGCUCACUACAUGAAGUGUUAAUGAGUUUGCCUUCCUUGAAAUGAUGUGGUAAAAGCUAAGUAUGUUGCAUGUUAAAUAUAAUGUUCAAUAAAAGUUACAUGAAUCAUUUAUGAAUAACGAUUUAAAUUAUCCCCGCCCCUCGAGUCUGCUAGAACAAGGUUUAUUAAUCCGAACUUGCUGUAAUGAAUGUGCUUCUUCUCUAAUGUAAGUAAUUCUUUGAUUUACAGUCGGGCACAUAUUGCGAGGUCUUUGUUCAAAAUAUUUGAUAUCGUUUGUCUGAUUAAUAAGCACAAACACCCCGGUAAUCUACUCUUGUCUUUAUUGUAUAAUUUCUAGCAAGCUUAAAAUAUUUUAACAUACAGUGAUGACGAAAAUAUCGUUUGAAUAUAUAAAUUAAAACUGAUCUGCUUUCACGCUUGAGAAAUUUAAAAAAAUGUAAAUAGUAAUACAAUUUAUAUUUAUCUUGAAACUGAAAAUUGAUUAAAUAUUAAGAGCUCGGAAAAUCGACUGACUGACAUUCCCUAGAUCACGUGGAACUUUUCUUUUAGAUCGAACAGAAACAUAAAUGUGUACAAAUUGCUUAUGUACGAGUGUGUUUAUGAUUUUCUUUUAUAUUAUUUCCUAAAGGCGCAUUUUUACUUUUAUUACAUAAACCGCGGCGCAGGAGUGUAAUAAAGCCAUUUAACAACAAGAGCGAUCAGUGAUCACAUGUAAUGGCCAAUUUCAUGUUGGGACAAUUUUUGUGACAGACGGACAUACAGACAGACAGUGCACAUAAGACUUGGUACUGAUCAUUUCUGUAAAUUUUGGAUAAAUAUUGCACCAGUAGUUUAUGAGGAGUAGUCUGGACAAGCUUUUGUGUAUCUGGCAACACACAGAAAAAACACCUUUUUAUCAAAGGGCCAUAACUCCGCUAAAAAUCAUUCAACCAUAAAACCCGUGCAAUAUGCGCAAGGACUUGAGCUACAGAUCAAUCCUGUAAAGUUUCAUUGAAAUUGCAUUAGUGGUAUAAGAGAAGUAGUCCGGACAAACUUUAAAAAUAAAAAUUAUUAAAGGGCCAUAACUCUGACAAAAAUCCUUGAACCGGAAAAUGCUGACAAUAUGCACAACUAGACUUGGUACUGAUCAUUCCUGUAAAGUUUGGAUGAAAUUGCACCAGUAGUUUAAGAGGAGUAGUCCGGACAAGUUUUGUGAAGGAAGGACGGACAGACGGACAGACAGACAGACGGACAGACAGACGACGGAGAAGUGAUCCCUAUAUGUCGCCACUACUCCGUAGAGGCGACACAAAAACGAUAUUAAACUAGUGUAAUAACACUUUGACGUGACGUCAUUUGCCCUAUAUAUGAACAUAGCGUUAAAGCGCGCUAAUGUUAGCGUUACACUAUAGGCGCGUCAUUGAAAAAUUACUCAUUUUAACAGUUUACUGUUCUUUUUUAUAUAUCUGAUAAAUAGAAUAUUAUAUUCGUGAAGAUUCAAUACAUAAUUUAUUGAACUCGUUGAAUAAAACAAUAUUAUGCUCGCCAGAGGCUCGCAUAAAAUGAUUUUAUUCAACUCGUUCAAUAAAUUUAGUAUUAAACUACACUCAUUCAAUAUCCUCUAUUUAAGAUUUGUCAACGUGUUUAUCGGAAUUGGCACAAUUUUAUAAUUCAUAUAUUGUUUCUAGUCAAUUAAAAGUAUUCGUUAUAAUUAUAUCCUUUUCAAUUUUUAGCUCACCUGAGCUAGCUCGUCCGUCCACAAAAUUGGAUCCCGCGAUAACGCAAAAAGUGCUGAAAAUAUUUUUAUGAAACUUGAUAUAUGUAUAGAUGGCAGUAUCGAGAUUAUGCACGUUUUUUUAUUUCUUCCUAUGAUGAAAAUUUUGGUUGCUAUUGCAACAAAUAGACUGAAAAUAUGGCAAAUUUUACACAUAAACUUGAUCCAGAGAUAAGGCAAAAAGUACUAGAAAAUAUUUUUAUAAAACUUGAAAUAUGGUUAGAUGGCAGUCUUGAAAUUAUGCACAUCUUUUUCUCUUUUUUCCUAUGUUGAUAAGUCUGGUUUAUUAUGACAACAAAUAGACUGAAACUUUGGCAAAUUUAACACAUAAACUUGAUCUAGUGAUAAUGCAAAGAGUACUGAAAAUAUUUCUGUGAAACUUGAAAUAAGGGUAGAUGGCAGUAUGGAGAUUUUGCAUGUCUUUUUCUUUUCACCUAUUUUGAAAAAAAAAUGUUUGCCAUGGCAACAAAUAGGCUUAAAACAUGGCAAAUAUAACAAUAUUUGUGAUAUUUGUGUUUUUCAAACUUCAAACAUAAGUUUCUGGUCACCAUCCACAUCAUAUGUGACAAGGUUUUAACUCUAGCACAAAAAUUAUCAUAAUUACCUCCGUUGAACUUGCAUGAAAUUUUUUUUUUUUUAAUAACUUCUUUAUUUCUUUAUGUAUCUUCUUCAAAAUUCAUAUAUAUGUCUCUAAUUAUCACUUAAAUCAUUUGGAGAAGGUUCAAUACUCUAGCAAUACUACUUCCAGAAUUAUAUCCCCCUUGGCCUUAUAUUUUUUGUUGAGAAAUUGGUAUAUUUUACACCAACUUCUUCAUUACUUAUAGGAUUUACUUCAAACUCCCACAUCAUAAUAAGAUGACAAGGUUUAUAAAUCUAGCAUCCAUAUUUACAGAAUUAUCUCCUUCUUAAACUUUGAUUUUUUCUUAUUCAUUCUUUUAACUUUCUUUUACUUCAAAUUCAAAAUAAACAUUCAUUAUGUCAGCUUCAUUACUAAUUGUUCUUAUUAUUAUUCACAUCAUGUAUGACAUCUUGGAUCUUUAUUUCAAGAGUUAUCUCCUUUUUAAGAAUUUUGCUGUUUAAAAUGUUAUGUUCUGGUAACAGGGAAGUUUAAAAAAUUAACUUUAGAGUGUCCUUCAGUCUGUCUAUUACUAAGAACUGUUUCCUGUGAUCACUUUUAAAGAUCUUUUUCAACAUUUUUUUUUAAAAUGAGAAAAAUUGAAACAUUAGUGAAUGACCAAUGGCCCUUCAGAAUGUUGCUGGGGGUUCUAACCGGCAGGGGAUUAAGUCUUAUGGAUUGCUUGCAAUACUAUGAUAAUUGCUUUUUGUUAUUGUUACAAAUUGCUGAUAUGUUUAAGAGGUCACAUGUAGGAUAUUGUAAUUCUGUGCCAUAUUUGCUGGCAUUUGAUAGUGUUGUAGUAUUACAAUUGUAGAAAUACUUUUAAGCGCAUUUUGUUGUUUACAAACUUUUAACUUACCAGAAUAUAUCCAUUCUAUUCAAAUAUUUAUUUAUUUAAAUACAGGUAAUCGUCUAUUACUUAUAAAUAACAUUGUUAAUUUUGUAUUUGACAUGACUUUUAUUAUUAAAAAGCAGCAUACAAAUGACACUGCAAUAACAAUUUGUGGAAACUACACAUUUUGAACUUUUCUCGUACAACAUGUCAUCAGUUGUCUCUGAUGCUUCAUAUUUUUGCAUUGUGACAAAAGGUCAUUUGUCUCACGCAUCUGUUUAUUAAUCAUAAGUAGUCUGUCACUUAUGGAGAUAUUGUAAAUUUAGAGGUUGACAUUUGGUUUCUGCUGGCUUUUAUGCGAUAGUGGCCCGAAGAGUAUAUACUGAUUUGUAAAUAAAAUAAUAAUUUAUCAUUAUAUUUCUAAAAGUAGAGAUGAUUAUUUAUACAUGUAUUUACAUAUUCAAUAAUAAAAGUGCAACAAUU